AUGUCUUACGGAAGAAAUGAUACAAAAAACAUAGAUGAAACCGCUGACACCGAAAAAUCGGAAGAAUGUUAUGAAGCAUCUUUUAGAAUAAAAGAGGAACGUAAUAGAUCUGAUACACAGACCCUUGAGACUGCUAAUGAUAUCAGCGGGAAUUUCAUCAGCUCAUCGAUUAGCACAAAGGAUGCAACAUCUAAUAAGACAAAACAAGAAAGUCAAAAUGAUGAAGCAAGAAUGAACGAAAUGAGCUUGAACCUUUCUUUUGUUUUGGGAUCGGACGUAAAAAAAGAAUGUACCAAAUCUAACAGGGCAUUGGAUUCCACACAUGGCACUUGUGGUCAGGAAUCAAAUGACAUCACAAUGAAUCUACACACCAACAAGAAAAUUAAAACCAGAAAUAGGAACAUUUCCUUGAGAGCAAGACCAAAAAUCCGAAAGUCUGACAUAGAUGCAUUCUGUGUCAGAAAUUAUCUUAUGGGAAAUACGUUGAUGAAAAAUUUUUCACUCGUUCCAGCAUUGCGGGCUUCAAUCUCAUUCACGCAAUAUUUCCCCAACUUACAGAUAAUAGCGUUUCCUUUACAUGGGAUUUUAAGAAUUGAAGAAUUGACCUCCAAUCGUUUACCAAACAUGGAUGACGAAGUUCGUAGCCACACAGCCAUUCGAGGUUCAGAUUUACUUGAAAAUAGAAUUACCGAGGCGCCAAUCAGUGCACUAAAUGUCAUAAGUCUUUGUUUUACCGAGUGCAUGCUGUACGAAUGGGGAAGACUGAAGUCGUUUUCAACAUUCCCGAUGGACUGUCCUAUAUGGCCAAUUAAGUUGGCUAAGUAUGGGUUUUACUACAGUGGCGAGGUAGAUAAGGUGAUUUGUUUCAGCUGCAAUGUAUCCCAUUCGAACUGGCAAAUAGGUGACUCGGUGUACGCUGUGCAUUACCGAAUUUCCAAGAGAUGUCGCUUCAUGAAGGGAGAAAACGUAGGGAAUGUUCCCAUACAUGGACCCGAGUCCUCCACCGACAGAAGGGCUGGUGGUGGAGAUGAUCUAGUGGUUGAUCGCGUAGAGGAAACUGCAAUCACAUCAAUACUGGCGACACCGGAGACCGUAACGUCAAUAUUUCUUGGAUCCCAGGCAUGCAAUACUCCAAAGAAUGUGAUGAAUGAAUUAGAAUCCAGUCAGAGAUCGCAUUUGUCAUCGGAAAUGGAAGCCAUAAAGCGAGGACAUGACAGCAUGCCUGCACAUCCAGUAACCGAGACAGCGACAUCAUCUGUCGACGAUUCCUUCCCUCAGGCUGGGACAGCUUCAACACAUGAUAGUUUAUUCGCAUCGACACAUGUUAAUACGUCAACAACCUCGGGCUUGCAGAAAAAAGAAGGAGCGAGUAACGACCAAAAACAAGGAUCCGCCAUUCCCAACUCAGCUGUGUCUACGUCCAUGCAAGCAACCUUCCAAGUACAUAUUGAACCUCCUUGUAACCAAGAACGGUCUGGACAAACAGUUGAUCAGCAGCGGUCGUUGAAUCAACAGCAGCCGACUACACUGGCUGAGCGUCUACAACAUCGUUACCAGGAACAGCAACCACAUGGCCAGCCGGAACAGGAAGGACGGCAAUCAGGUCAAGUGAUAGCUAACGGUGCUGCAAUGAACCUUAACAAUCUCGGAGUAACGAAAGCAAGGCCUCGAUACCCAAACUACUCUGCUUUGGAAAUGAGAUCAGGUACAUUCAAUGGAUUUCCCAAUCAUUUAGAUCAGACACCUUUGGAGAUGGGCAGAGCAGGAUUCUUUUAUGCAGGAUAUGAAGACUACGUAAGAUGCUUCUUCUGUGGAGGGGGACUGAGAAAUUGGGAGCCUGGCGAUGAUCCUUGGGUGGAGCAUGCUCGCUGGUUUCCUCGCUGUACUUUCGUCAAGCUAAACAAAGGUCAAACUUUCAUCAACUUGGUACUCCAGAGACAUAGAGAACUGACGCUUCCAAAUGAGUACAUCAACACAAGACAAUCUGGAACUGGACAAAAUGCCACACCUCAGACGGCAACGAUGCAAACAGUCUCGCAGUCCAGUACCGAUACCACUAGUAAUGCGACCAUGCAAAGCAGCACAGCACCCACAUCCAAUCAGGCAGCAGUUCGUGCAGAUCACCAGGUCACGGAGAGGGCAGGUCCAGUAGAAUUGACUGCGUCGUCACUAUUGGAAAAAAUAUUUAACUUCGGUGAUGAAAUUCUUACAGAUACAUCAAAUCAAACACAGGCUGGCUCUACCAACGAGCAGGUACCACAUCAUGAAGCAAGGAGUUCUUCCCCCCAAUCCAGUGACACUUCUGUCGUCGAAAACAAGGCAGCUGGACCAAACGAAGGGAAAAUGUCUGAAAAUUUGGUACCAAGAAAUAGACUUAGAGGAGGCAACCUCGCUAAUCAAUAUACGGAAGAAGACCUGACGUCACUAAGGGAGGAAAAUAGCCAACUUAGACAACAGAUGAAAUGUAAGAUAUGCAUGGAGUGUGUUGUUUCUAUUGCAUUUCUUCCUUGUGGACAUAUUUGCUGUUGUGUUGAGUGUGCAUCUGCGGUAGUGAAAUGUCCAAUAUGUCGCCAGAUCAUCCGGGGUUCUGUGAAAACUUAUCUUUCAUAG